AAAAAAACAAUCAAAGAAACCUGAAAAGAACAAGUGAAGCAACAGAGACUGGACACCGCCUUCGUAAAUGGCCGGUAAAAGCGGAACUCCGGCGACCUACUCACCGUCCCCAACCACCGAUAAAAACAAAUCAACACUUUUCAAGCAAGAUUGGACCCGACCCGACGGCCGUGGUUUCCACCAGUGUAGACCCGCAUUUUUCAGGACUGGUGCUGUGAAUGCUGCAUCAGGAUCUGCGUAUGCCGAAUUCGGAAACACCAAAGUCAUUGUUUCUGUAUUUGGGCCGAGAGAGAGCAAGAAAGCGAUGUUGUACAGUGAUUCGGGGCGUUUGAAUUGUAAUGUUAGCUAUACAACAUUUUCAACGCCGGUUCGUGGACAGGGUUCAGAUCACAAAGAAUAUAGUUCUAUGCUUCAUAAAGCUUUGGAGGGUGCCAUAAUAUUGGAGAGUUUCCCCAAGACUACUGUGGAUGUUUUUGCAUUGGUGCUGGAAUCUAGUGGAAGUGAUCUUCCAGUUGUCAUAUCAGUUGCUAGUCUUGCCUUGGCUGAUGCUGGAAUACUGAUGUAUGACCUUGUAGCCGCAGUUUCUGUGUCAUGUAUCGGUAAGAGCCUUGUCAUUGAUCCUAUUUCGGAGGAGGAAAACUGCCAAGACGGAAGCUUAAUGAUUACUUGCAUGCCUUCUCGCUAUGAAAUCACCCAACUGACAGUUACUGGAGAAUGGUCCACCCCAAAGAUUAAUGAGGGGAUGCAGCUGUGUUUGGAUGCUUGUGCAAAGCUUGCUAAGAUUAUGAGGUCAUGUUUGAAAGAAUCCGCUUCUGAUGCACUGGAUGAAAGCUCUUAACAACUCACAGAUCACAAGAUGUGCUUUUAAAUUGCUUAGUUUUUUCUCUUCUACCUCAAAAUUGGGAGAGUUUUUUGUUGGGAGGUAGGUAGGAAAGAGGCCUUUUAUGUCCUACAAAUUUUGGCUUGAGUUUGUCAAAGAUAAUGUGAAAAUUAAUUAUUCCUUACAUGACAUUUGGUUAAGCAAAAGGUUUAGGCUAUACUUACAUCUCUAUAAACAUGAAUUUUGCAUUUGCUUCGUUAAUA